AUGUAUGAUCAAGCACCACGUACAUUACAUCAAACACUAGGAUCUACAUUAGAUCAUGUUGGUCCUGGUUCAUAUGAUCAUCGGCGAAAGAAAGCAAAUGACGAAGGUUAUGCUCCAUUUUUAUCACUUGCAAAUCGUGGACAAAUAUUUUCAAAUGAUGAAAAUCCUGGUCCUGGUCAUUAUGAUUUACGAAAUUCAAAUGUAAUCACAGUUAAAGGAGGAAGUACAUUAGGGAAUAAAGCUAGUCGUUUUAGUUCAAAAGGAUCCGAAGAAACACCAGGACCUGGCGCAUAUGAACUUCGUAAAAGUCAAUCAGCACGUGUAACUGCUACUGAUAUUAAUAGACAACCACAGCCACGUCCAAAUUUACCUAAAUAUGAGCGUAAAGCUCUUCCACCAUCGAUUCCUGAUCCCAAAUUUGCUUAUGGUUUCGAAGAAGAUACUGCAGGAAUACUUGUACCACAAAAACCACCAACUAGAGAUGGUUCUAUAGGUCCAGCUUUUUAUAAUCCACCGCCUACUGUUCAAGUUGAUGCAACAAAACUUUAUCAUGGUGUUCAUUUUGGUAAAUAUUCUAGUAAACGUACAGAUUUUGCUGGUAAAACAGGACCUGGCCCAGGUGAAUAUGAUCCUAAUGAACCAAUUAGACUUGAAAUUCAUCAUAUGAAUAUGAAAACAACGGAGAGAAAACAUGAAUUACAAGUUGCAAGAUAUCCUGAGAGUGUAGUCAAAACAGCUACUAAAGAAAGUAUUCCGGGACCAGGUCAAUAUACAAUUAAACGUGAGCUCGAUCCAGAACCAGCAAAAAAUGAUAUAAUUGGACUUGACUUUGAACGACCACCAUUUGGUUCACAAACUAAAAGAUUUGAUAAUACUACAUCUGAUGUACCUGGUCCAGCAACAUAUACAGAUAAAGUCAUGACUGCAUUCAAUAGCACUCAAUCAAAACCAACAAGUCUUAAACGAAAUCCAUUUAACCAAACAUCAGCAAGAUUUGUUAAUAUUGAUUAUAAAGUUAGAAGUGCUCCUGGUCCUGCUCAAUAUCGUAUUUCAGGUUUUACUGAUGAAAACUUACGAAAAGCAGUUGUUGAUGGUGGUAAAAAACCACCAUUCAAUGUCGCUUCUGUUAGAGGAUUAACUAUGAUACGUAAAGAUGAAUAUAAUAAACCUGGUCCAAGCAGUUAUGAUAUUAAAACAACACCAUUUAAAUCAAAAAUUGAACAACAAACAGCAAAUUUUUCUUCGACUACAACUCGAGAACUUGUUGUUGAAGAUAUUCCGGGACCAACAGCUUAUGAUGUAACACGUGCUUAUCAUGCACUAACAUCUUCUCAUAGACAACCACCACGUUCGAAAAAUGCACGUAAAAGACAUGCUCAAUUUUUAAGUGCAGCUAAACGAACAUUUGCUGGUGAUGCAUUUAACGAUACACCUGGUCCAGGCGCAUACGAUGGUUAUGUUAAUGAAAAUGCACCACGUGGUAUUGCACCUACACGUGAUGUUCGUUUUCGUUAUGAGACUUCAAAAUUACCAGGUCCUGCAGAUUAUGAAUUAUCACCACUUCUUCAAGAUACUGUUCUUCGUGGUACGUUUAAUACAACAUUGAAUAAUCCAGUUUUAGCAAAACUACAAAAUCGCGCUUUACGUGAAGAUAAAAUAUCUACAUCACUUGAUCAACCCAUAGUUGGUAAUGGAAAUAAUGAAGAAGUGACUGUUCAUGCUUAA